ACAUUUAAAGUCUUUCUAUCAUUGGUCUGUGGUGAAAUGUUGAGUCUUUGUGAGUCUGUGGUCUCAUGCUGGAGUCACAAGCUUCUCCUGUGCUGGCCUGGGCGUUUCUUAUUUCAAUCUCUCUGCGACUCAUACGGGUCCAUGUUCGGCUUCAUCUCACAGAACCAUGCAGAACCAUCACCUAAAGGAACACCUGUAUAAAGUUCUGGUGAUAGGAGAUCUGGGUGUGGGGAAAACCAGCAUCAUUAAACGUUACGUGCACCAGAACUUCUCCGCCAACUACAGAGCGACGAUCGGCGUGGAUUUCGCGCUUAAAGUCCUGAACCUCGAGCACGAGACCGUCCGACUGCAGCUAUGGGACAUCGCCGGUCAGGAGCGUUUCGGGAACAUGACACGAGUGUAUUAUCGAGAGGCUACAGGGGCCUUCAUUGUUUUCGAUGUCUCACGGCCAUCGACGUUUGAGGCGGUGAAGAAAUGGAAGGAAGAUCUCGAUGCUAAGCUGAGUUUAAACAACGGCAAACGAGUGGCUGCCGUUUUGCUCGCCAACAAGUGUGACGAGGGCAGAGACGUCCUGAACAACAAUGGCAUCAGCAUGGAGCAGUUCUGCCAGGAGAAUGGAUUUGUAGGGUGGUUCGAAACUUCGGCUAAGGAGAAUAUUAAUAUAGACGAAGCGGCACACUGUCUGGUGGAGCACAUAAUAGCUAAUGAGAAAGAUGUGCUACACUCGGAGGUUUCAGACACCAUCUCACCGCAGCAGGAGUCCAGCCACAGAGGAACCUGCUCGGCGUGCUUCACAUCCUAAGGGAGACACACAAACACACACAUGUCCAACCACUGUGGGCCAGCAUCCCAAAACACAUUUCUUGGUUUCAUCUCAAAUCUCUUCUCUCAUUGUCUCGUUCCAUUUUGUCUCGUCUCUUCGUUUUCUGUUAUCUUAUCCGGUCUCAUUUUAUUAUCUUGUUUCUACUUAUCUCAUUUUAUCUUGUUUCCUCUUUUCUCAUCCUAUUCUCGUCUAUCUUCUUCGUCUUACGCUGAAGACCCUGCCACCCCUUCGUUUCCAUGGUAACAAACUUAUGGAAUACUCUGCAGAACAGAAAAUAUUUUAAGAGGAAAAAGAAAGUUGUGGGAAUUCUGUAAGCCACUUUCUCUGUAACUCAUAUAUGAGGAUCUCUUAAGUGUUCUUGCCAUAUUAUUAAAAUGCAAAAAAACCUUGGAUUUUGGUGUUCCUACUGUUAUUCAUGUUCUCUGCUCUUUAUUUUUAUGUAGAAAGUAUGCACAUUAUGCAAAAAGAAGUUGUGUGGAUCGAACCUCAAUAUUUUCCACAAAACAUGCCAAAAGUCCUGCUGUUCAUGAAUGAUAAAUGUAUGUAUUUCAUAACGUUGAUUUGGUGCCGUUGGAUGUUUUCCACAUAUUUCAGAUUUCACUUUGUUUUGGAUUGUUUUUUUUUAAUACUUCAAUACUAUGAACUGGUAACAUUUUUAUUUAUCGUGUGUCUGUAAGACAGCUGGUGAAAUAUUUUCAUAAGCUCAUAAGAUCUUGUAAAUACCCCUGUAUUUACCCAAACAGUAGAAUGACUCUGAGAUAAU